AUGGCCACAUCCAAGAUGAUGCAAUGGUCCAUCGACAGACCCGACAGUGAACUCAAGGGCAUGAGUUACACCGAGGCUUCAAUCCCUCAAGUUGGUGAAAAUGAGGUCUUGGUAAAGUUCCAAGCAGCGGCUCUCAACUACCGCGAUGUUGCCAUAGCGAAGGGAACCUUUCCUUUCCCUCACAAGUACCCUAUCGUCCCUGCUUCCGAUGGCGCUGGUGAGGUGAUCGAAAUUGGCUCUAGGGUCACCGAAUUCAAGAAAGGCGAUACGGUUUUGAUAAUCUUCAAUCAAGCGCAUCAAUUUGGUGACAUCGACCCUUAUGCAGCAUCGACUGGUGUGGGUGGCACUAUUGAUGGUGCAUUACGCCAGUAUGGUGUUUACAAUGAGCUUGGUCUAGUGAAAGCCCCAAAGAAUCUAACUGCUAUGGAGGGUAGCGCCCUACCGGGUGCGGGUCUUACCAGCUGGAAUGCGCUUUACGGUCUAAAGCCUCUGAAACCUGGACAGAUUGUUUUGGUCCAGGGAACUGGAGGUGUCAGUAUCUUCGGACUUCAGCUUGCAAAAGCAGCUGGCGCGAUUGUCAUUGCUACAACAUCUUCAGCGGAGAAGGCUGAGAGGCUGACACGAUUGGGCGCGGACCACGUCAUCAACUACAAGACCACUCCGAAUUGGGGUGAGGCCGCUCGCAAUCUUACCCCUGGCCAACUGGGAGUGGACCAUAUUUUGGAAGUUGGAGGCCUAGGCACCCUUGAGCAGAGUCUGAAAUGCAUCAAGAUGGACGGUAUUAUUACUGCUAUCGGCUUCUUGGGGUCUAGUGACAAACCUCAACCUGGACUCAUGGACGCAUUGACCAAUAUCUGCACUGUUAGAGGUGUUUUUGUUGGUAGUCGCGCUAUGCUUAAGGAACUGAUCCUGGCCGUCGAGGCGAAUGAUAUUCAUCCCGUUAUCGAUGAGUCAACUUUCGUCCUUGAACAAGCUAAGGAGGCGUUUGAGCACCUGGCGGCCCAAAAGCAUUUUGGAAAGAUUAGAACAACCACUGGCUUUCAUGAUGUCAUCUCAUCUGAUAGUGAUGCGAAAUUCCCCGCCGAGAAAGGUCGAUAUGUGCUUUACAUCAGCUACAUGUGCCCAUUUGCACACCGAGCAACGGUGGUGAGAUGUCUGAAAGGUCUAGAGCCCUUCAUACAGUUGGUUGUUCUUGACCCUGAGCUAGGCCCAGACGGAUGGUUCUUCUCGGGUCGAUUUGGAACGGCAGAGUGUGAUCCUUUAUACAGAUUCAGAUACAUUAAAGAUCUCUACCUGAAGGCAGAUCCAGACUAUGCCGGACGGUUUUCCGUCCCAUUAUUAUGGGACAAGAAGAACCAUACGGCUGUGAACAACGAGAGCAGCGAACUCAUGCAGAUGUUUUAUACGGCCUUUGAUAACCUGCUUCCGCCCCAGUUACAGGAGCCUAAUCUCCCAGGCGGUGGUCUCUAUCCCAAUCAUCUUCGAAAGGAGAUUGAUGAGUGGAAUGCGAUGAUCCACUCCAACUUCAACGUUGGGGUGUAUAACGUGGGCAUGGCAUCUAGCCAAGACGAAUACAACCAAAGUGUCAACAGAGUAUUCGGCACGUUGGACCAAAUUGAAUACCGAUUGCGGUCCAAUGGGCCGUAUUUGUUUGGUGACUUCCUGACGGAGACAGAUCUGCGACUUUACACUACAGUGUCCCGGUUUGAUGUCGCUUACUAUACGAUCUUCCGAUGCAACCUCAAGAUGAUCCGCCUUGACUACCCUGCUAUUGAUCUGUGGUAUCGCUCGUUAUAUUACGACAAAUCGAGCCAGACAAGGGAUGCAUUCAAAGCAACCACCGACUUCUUUGCUGUAAGAUCCCAAUUGAUUGAAUAG